GAACCGCGCGCGUGCACCAUGAAACUUCACCGGCCGCUGCACGUCUGCGCCUACCUGUUCGGCGUAUUUCCGGUCGCCCGGACCCCAGGCCCGCCGCCCCGGCGGUUCCGUGUCCACUGGCCCGGCGUGGCGCUCAAGGCGUUCCACACGGCGCUCUACUGGCUGGUGUCGCUGAUCGUGUGCGUGGUGUCCAUGCGGAACCUGGACAACUACCGGAAGAUGGCCAAGAAGCUGCUGGACACCCGGGUGCUGGACAUCGACGAGCUGUUCGUUUACAUGAUGUUCGCCGGGAUCGCGGCCACCGCCACGUGCCAGGCCCACAUGCUGUGGCCGCCCGUCCUCCGCGCCACCAACGAGUGCUUCUUCGAUCUGUGCCGGCUGGACCACGUCACCGGCGUCUGGCAGCACGUCUCCGCGUACGCCGUCGUCUUGUUCGUCGCCUACGAAUUCGCCAUGUACUUCGUCAUGAUCACGUACAAGUUCACGUUCAGCUCGGCCAAGCUGAUCUGUCUGUUCCCGCCGCUGUCGAACAUCACGUGCGUCGUCGUCGAGCAGUUCUUCUACCUGAUGUGCGUGUCGCUGUACCUCCGGCUCCGCGCGCUGCACGACGACAUCGAGACCCUCGUGCACAAGGCCGAGCACCCCCGGUGGAGGUGCUGCUGGGCGUCCGUGGCCGGCGGCGACAGACCGGCGGCCGGCCGGCUGGCGGGGAUACCGGCGUUCAGCGCGGCCGACAUACGCGACCUGCGGGCCGUGCACCGCGCGUGCAUGGAACUGUUCGCCCGCAUCAACCGGCUGUUCCAGUUGCCGCUGUCGCUGUGCAUGUUCGACUGCGUGUUCCGCAUCGUCGUCUACAUGUACGGUAUCGCGUUCGACGUGACCAUCGUCAUAUGGGAGAAGAAGAAACACGUGAAUUACUCGAACACCGCCAUGUGGUCGGGUUACUGCGUCAUCCGGAUCGUCCGGCUCUGGUACCUGUACCUGUGCGAACAUUACGUGACCAAAAAGAUUUUACCAAUACGUUUGUCACUUAGCUGACUUUCAUUGAUUUUGAAUCCAGUUACAAGCCGGAAACUGAUGCCUGAGAUAAUUCUAUUUCAACACCAACUUGAUACAAUAAAAUCCAAGUUUGAAUUAUUUGGUGUUUUAAACAUCAAUAUGUCACUAUUUU